AUGGAAUUAAUCAAAAAUACUUUGUUUAAUAAUGGGUAUUAUGAAAAGGGUGUCAUCCCAACCAUCAUUGUUGGAGUUGUUGCUUAUCAAUUCAAUGAAUAUUGUAGAUUGAAUCGGUUGAUUGAUGUACAAUGUAGAGAAGAGAAAAUAAUUGAUAUCUGUAAAUCAGAUGAUCAAGAUUAUAUUGUUUCAGAGAUUAAUUGUCUUGUAAAAUUGACAGACCAUAACUAUGAAGCAUGUCGACGAUUAGCAAAUACUAGAGUCAUACGCUCUCUAGUGUCACUACUUGAACGACAACAACAACAACGAAACAAGCAUCUCAAACUAACAACAACCAAGGAAUUGGAUACAUCUCUAUUGAAAAAGGUAUCUUCAUCAAGUAUUGAAUCAAAUAUCAUAAAGUUAAUUGGAAAUAUAAUUGGACAAUUUGAAAAUGUAAAUGAUAUACCAUUUGAUGAUAUAUUAAAUGUUACAUAUGAUGAUGAUUGUGGAUUUCCAAUUUGUAUUUUGGUUGCUAAUAUGUUGGCAAGGUACCAACAAUCUAAAAGAAAUGAUUUAAAGGUUAUCAAUGUAUUAAAUGCGUACAAGGUACCUGUUCUUUUUGUAAAGUUACUAAAGUACGAGGUGAAAGAUGAAUUCUCAACCAUGCGAAAAUCUGCAUUAUCAUUAUUAAAGAUGACUGAUAUGUAUUAUAUUGAUCGAUCAUUUGGCGAACAAGAAAGAGAUUAUGCAUUAACUAUUUCACGUCAAGCAAGUUCAUUAGCGGCGAUCGGUAAAUGGAACCGAACCAUUGACCAAUACAGAUAUGGUUAUGACGAUAUAUUAAUUAAUCAAUGUUACUCUGGUCUAUAUGUACUUGUAUGUGGAUUGUUUUAUGGUUGGCAAUACACCAAUUCAAUUGUAUUGACUAUACUAAUAGGACUAGAGAAUUGGUUGGAAUCAAUCUUAUAA